AUAUAUGAAUUAUCUAUAAUCCAGGGAUGUAAAGUGCAAUUUUGUCAACUGUAAAACAUCCUGUGAUCUCGUCUUACAACAGUAUGAACACUGAAUCUAAGUCCCAAUCCAAACCAACAACAACAAAUUGCUCCAAAAUUUAUUACUUUAAAGCAUAAAAAUUGUAGAAUUUUGUAGUCAUUGAUGAACUUAGAGAUAUGGCAAACAGAGGCCAUUCUCAGUACAGGGGAAUAAAAAGAAAAUCUCAUUUCUCAAUUACUCUUUACAUUUUCCUGCUCUUUGUUUUCUCAAUUUUGGUAUUCUUUUAUUAUACUAAAGAUAUUGUGGAAGAUGAGCAUAAGAAUGUCUUAGUAUCGGAGAAGAAGAAGAAGAAGGAGCACCAAUUCGAAGAGAAUGAAGACAAUUCUGUCUGGGAAGCUUCACCAAGCCAUGGUUUACAUCCAUGCAUCAAGCCAACCACAAAAUACAAAGCUGCUCUAGGAUGGAAUCGCUACUUGACUGUAAAAAGUAAUGGUGGAUUAAAUCAAAUGAAGACUGGUAUAGCUGACAUGGUGGCAGUGGCACAUGUGAUGAAUGCAACUUUAGUAAUUCCUCAAUUGGACAAGCGUUCAUUCUGGCAAGAUUCAAGUACAUUUUCAGAUAUAUUUGAUGAGAACCAUUUCAUUAAAGCAUUACGAGGAGAUGUCAGGAUUAUUAAAGAGCUUCCCAAAGAAAUAGAAUCUUUACCUCGAGCUAGGAAGCACUUUACAUCAUGGUCAGGAGUGGGUUACUAUGAAGAAAUGACUCAAUUGUGGAAGGAGCAUCAGGUGAUUCAUGUUGCUAAAUCUGAUUCGCGUCUUGCAAACAAUGAACUGCCUCUUGAUAUUCAGAGAUUAAGAUGCCGUGCUCUGUAUAAUGCGCUCCGAUUCUCUCCUCCUAUUGAGAGGCUUGGAAAGAAGCUCGUGGAGAAGCUGCGAACCAGGGCAAAAAGAUAUGUUGCUCUUCAUUUGAGAUAUGAGAAAGACAUGCUGUCUUUUACCGGUUGCACUUACGGUCUUACUGAUGCAGAAGCAGAGAAACUUCGGGUGAUGAGAGAGAAUACAAGUCAUUGGAAGAUUAAAGUUAUCAACUCAACCGAACAGAGAAUUGGAGGUUUCUGCCCUCUCACUCCAAAGGAGGUUGGAUUAUUUCUUCACGCUCUUGGUUAUCCUCCAUCAACAUUGAUUUAUAUUGCUGCUGGAGAAAUUUAUGGUGGUAAAGCUCGUCUCUUAGAGCUUACAUCUCUCUUUCCAAAUGUUGUUUUCAAGGAAAUGCUGGCAACGCCAGAAGAACUGAGAGAGUUCGCAAAUCAUGCCUCACAAACUGCAGCACUCGAUUAUCUAAUCUCUGUAGAGAGUGAUGUUUUCAUUCCAUCACACUCAGGUAAUAUGGCUAGAGCAGUUGAGGGGCACCGCAGAUUCUUAGGCCACCGGAAAACAAUCACCCCGGACAGGAAAGGCCUAGUUGAAAUAUUUGAUAAGCUAGAAGCUGGUCAACUUGAUGGACUAUCAUUUUCUCAUCUUGUCAGGGAUUUGCAUAAGAACAGGCGAGGUGCUCCAAGAAAAAGGGCUGGUGCUCCCCCGAGAGUCGGAGGUCGAGCAAGGUCAAGACUGGAAGAGCCAUUUUACCAAAAUCCAUAUCCAGAGUGUAUAUGCAGUUCUAGAGCCAGAGUAAGAAAAUAAACGGGUUACUUGUCCGCUUCCAGCCAGCAGGUCUCUCCUGUACUCAGACAUCUAAAUGUCUGAAAUCAUUUUCUACUAUCUUAUUCAGCUUUAGUUUCUCUGUUCCUAAACAUCUAAAUGUCUGAAAUCAUUGUCUACUAUCUUAUUCAGCUUUAGUUUCUCUGUUCCUAAUUAUUUGUUGGCCAAUUUAGCUGACUCUUUUUUUUUCUUUACAUUAGACUAGAGAUUAAGUAGGGUGCAUAUGCAUUAUGACUCUCUCUUGUCCCUCUUUCCCCCGCUCCUUGGUCUCUUCCACCAAUUCUUUUCGCAUUAUUCAUCUUUGUAAACAAAUAAUGGUAUAUUGGAAUUAAGGAGCAAAACUGUUUAAUAUCUUAUUAAAUUGCUUGUGGGGUGCAAUAUUCAAAAUCA